AUGAUCGCUAAUAACUUUAAUCCAGAUGACUUUGUCUGUCCAACCGAUGAUAUUCAACGCACCCAAUGUCUGGGCUAUAAGGACUGUCUGUACCCAAAGGCCGGUAAUUGUCGUCAAUUCAUACAAUGCGAAGUGAACGCCGACGGACGCACCGGUCGGCCAACGGUUAAAGACUGUGCCGCAGAGCUCGAGUGGAACGAUAGGGACAAAUACUGUGUCUAUCCGGCGCAGUCCACCUGUCCUCGACAGACACCCACCCCAUCACCGACACCAGAGACUACGCCAGAGACUACACCUGAGACUACAAUUGAAACCACACCUGAAACUACUCCCAGGACUACGCCUGAGAUCACAUCUAAGCCCACAACAGAAGGGUCUACAGAGCCGUCAACACAGCGGCCAACCACUCGCCCGACUAGACCGACAAGACCUACGAGACCUACCCGUCCGACCAAACCUACCCGUCCCACAAGACCUACCCGUCCCACAAGACCUACACAUCCGACUAGACCUACACAUCCGACCAGACCUACCCGUCCCACAAGACCU